AUGGCACGCACAGCCGGUCUCCGGGAGCGAAAGGGGCGAGCGCUGCUUUGUGUUUUAUUGGUUACCGUGGCGGAGGCAGUUUCUGGGCAAAUUCGCUACUCGAUCCCGGAGGAAACGCACAAAGGCUCGUUCGUGGGGGACAUCGCGAAGGAUUUGGAGCUGGACGCGGAGCAGCUCUCAGACCGCCGGGUCCGCAUUGUCUCCCGAGGUAGGAGUCAGUAUUUUGCUUUGAAUGUUAAGAGCGGCCAUUUAUACACCGCAGACACAAUAGACAGAGAGGAGAUCUGCGGCCGGGUGGAGAUCUGUGUGAUAAAGUUUGAGGUUCUUUGUGAGGAUUCAGCGAAGCUUUUUCCAGUUGAAGUGGAAAUAACCGAUAUUAAUGAUAAUGCUCCAGGCUUCCCGUCAGAGAAAUUAGAGUUAAGAAUCAGCGAGACAACAGCUGUGGGGACCCGGAUUUCCCUGCAGCUGUCGCAGGAUCCAGACGUGGGAACUAAUUCCGUCCAGAGAUACCAACUCAGCACUAAUAGGCAUUUCUCUCUGGAUGUGCACACUAGGUCCGACCGUGUUAAAUAUGCGGAAAUGGUGCUUGAAAAACCUCUGGACAGGGAAGAACAAAGUACUCACGAGUUAAUCCUCACAGCCAUUGAUGGCGGAGAUCCCGUCAGGUCUGGCACUGCGCAGAUCCGCAUUAUUGUCCUGGAUGCAAAUGACAAUGCUCCAGUUUUUACUGAGCCUGUCUAUAGAGCGAGCGUUUUCGAAAAUACACCUAUAGGUUCCCCGGUGGUAUCAGUCAAAGCCACGGAUCUGGAUGAAGGAGUUAACCAAGAGCUAAAAUACACUUUCAAAACAAUCACAGACGAGGCUGCCCAAACAUUCCGCUUGGAUUCGAGGACGGGGGAAGUGACACUGGUGGGGGACUUGGAUUUCGAGAAAGCCGCGUUGUAUGAAAUCGAGGUGCAAGCGGGAGACGGGGGAGGCCUUUUCAACAGAUCCAAACUCCUGAUCGAGGUCAGCGAUGUCAAUGACAACGCCCCAGAACUGACCAUCACGUCGCUCCUCAAUGCGAUCCCCGAGGACGCUACCCCCGGGACUGUGGUCGCCCGAAUGGAGAGCUUGGUGACUGACAGAGCCCUGGACCGGGAGCGGGUCUCGGGUUACAAUGUGACGGUCACAGCCACAGACCGCGGGACUCCCCCGUUAUCCUCCACCACAAGCAUCUCAGUGCAACUUUCGGACAUAAACGACAACGCGCCCGUCUUCAGCCAGACAUCCUACACUGUGUCCAUCCCCGAGAACAACCCCAGCGGGGCCUCCGUGUGCUCCGUGAGGGCCACUGACCGCGACUGGGGGGAGAACGCCCGAGUGACUUACUCUCUGCUGGAGGGCGAGGGCCGCGAAGCUCCGCUCUCCUCCGCCGUGUCCAUUAACUCGGAGACCGGGGCUGUGUACGCGCUGCGCUCCUUCGACUACGAGCAGCUGCGGGAGCUUCGGUUCCGGGUGCAGGCUCGGGACGGGGGGUCCCCGCCGCUCCGCAGCAAUGUCUCCGUCAGGCUCUUGGUGCUGGACCAGAAUGACAACAGCCCGCACAUCCUGCACCCCGCCUCCCCCAGCGAUGGCUCCACGGGAGUGGAGCUGGCCCCUCGCUCCUCCGAGCCGGGCUACCUGGUCACCAAGGUGGUGGCGGUGGAUGCGGACUCCGGGCAGAACGCCUGGCUCUCCUACCAGCUGCUGAAGGCCACGGAGCCGGGGCUCUUCUCGGUCGGAGUCCACAGCGGCGAGGUGCGGACAGCGCGCUACUUUGUGGACAGGGACGGCCUGAAGCAGAGCCUGGUGGUGCUGGUGAAGGACAACGGGCAGCCCCCUCUCUCGGCCACCGUCACUGUCACGGUGGCGGUGGCUGACAGCAUCCCCGAGCUCCUGUCGGACCUGAGCAGCCUCUCGGCUCCCGCGCAGCCGCAGUCCGGCCUCACCUUGUACCUGGUGAUCGCGGUGGCGUCCGUGUCCUGCGUCUUCCUCACCUUCGUCAUAGCGCUGGUGGCCCUGCGGCUCCGGCGGUGGCGCGAGUCGCAGCUGUUGGACUCCUCGAGUGGGACUUUCAGCGGAGUUCCCGUCUCGCACUUCGUGGGCAUCGAUGGGGUCAGAGCGUUUCUCCACUCCUACUCCCAGGAGGCGUCGCUCACCGCGGGCUCCGGGAAGAGCCAGUUCAACUUCCCCCAGUCAAACUAUGCAAACACUCUGAGCAGCGAGCAGACGUGUGGGGUAAAGGAUCCUUUCCUAAUGGCCGAGGAGUUAAACGUUAGUAACGCGGAUCAAACGUCGGUUCAGGUGAGCUAA